AUGGUCGGCAACAAGCAUGAAGAACUUGGAGUGCUAAAUAAUCCGAAUUACAAGAUUGUUUUCAUGCUGUGCAGUCUUGCUACUAUUACAGUUUAUUCUCUGGAGAGAAGAUUUGUUGAUGUGAAACCAUUAGCUGUAAUUUGGGGUAAAUUUCCUCAGUAUAAUUGCACAAAUACAUUGAUGGUGGAUGACUUGAGAAGAAAUUUUUUGAUGAAUCCUGCCAAUGGAAUAAAGAUUAGAGCAUUCAAAGAAGCUCAUUUCAACAGAGACAAAGACAACGAACUUUUGAAAUUACUUGAUUAUCUUACAAGAAUAGCGGAUAGUAAAGAUGUUACUCAACUGGACCACAGUAAAUGGGAGAAGGAACUCCAGCGUCAUUAA